AUGGAGAAAGACGAAGAGAAAAUGGAGAAAGGCGGAGAGAAGCUAGAGAGUAGAUGGGGAGGCGGAGAGGGAGAACAAAUGAAGGAAAUGGAGAAAGGCAGAGAGGGGGAUUGGAAACAAACCCAAUCAUGUGUCAUCCACAUGACCCAGCUGAGGGGCUAUAUUGUCAUUUACCCUCCUCCUAUUACUGGAGGGAAACAUUCCCGCCAUCAGGUAUAUCUACAAGACCCAUUGUCUGUUACAGAGCAUAGGAGAAGAGAAAAUGAAAGGAAGGGAAGGAAAGGCAGUAGCGGCUGGAAUGCUAGCAACACCAUGCCGCUGUAG